UUACAUAAGAUCAAAGAGGAAAGAAACGCCUGUGUCCACGAAUGGUCUCAGAUAACAAUGGAUGAACACCAGUUGAAGAACAAACUUCAAGAUUUAGAGAGCCUCUUCCUGAGAGCCCUUCAGGCCGUCAAGAACAGGUACGGAUACCGCGCUGAGACUAACACCCUCAUGGACAAUGUGAAAAUGCAAGUAAAUGAAGUAUUGCAAGCCUUUACUGACAAAGUCAUCCUUCAGAUGAACUUUGAGAAAAAACUGGAUUUAUUUAAGGAAGUGUCAGCAUAUCACCUCAAAGAUCUCUACAAAAACUUUGAAUGUUUUGAUCCGCUGUCAUUCCUGUUUGGACCCGAAGAACGGGUCCACAUACAGUUUGUGUUUUACAAACUUCUUCUUCAGCAAGAACACUCAAAAUCUAAAAUCGACUGUUUAGAAGUACUAAAAGUUCUGAGGGAGAAGUGCCGCCCCUCCCUGCCUGCCCACGAUGACAGACCGCGCCUCGCCGUGGUGAGCGGCAUUGCUGGGAGUGGCAAGACCACCCUGCUCACUUUCUUGGUGUCAGAGUGGCGCAGGGAAGAGUGUGACCGCCGCGUCACGUGCCUGGAGGAGUACGACAUCGUGCUCAGAAUACUGUGCCGGGACACAGAUGCCGAGGACCUGGAGACAUUCCUGGGCCUGGUCCUCCCGCCCAGUCUCUCGGUGUUUGGGGAACCACUCGUGAAGUAUUUGGGGCGCUGUAAGGUGCUCUUCCUCAUAGACGGACUUGACGAGAUGAACGACACUUCCGAGAAGCUCGUCACCAAUGUUCUCACCAUCGCCAAAUAUAACAAAUGUUUGUCAGUCCUUGUCAGCUCACGCCCGGAGCGAGUGGACUGGUUGGUGAGGCGUUAUAAAAAGGAUUACCACAUAUCUCAUCUGUCUCUUGAGGGCAUUCCCGUCACUAAGAGAAUAGAGUUUGCACUGCAAUACUCCACCUCCUCCACAAACCAUGACAGGCUGAGGGAGUUCAUGACACAACAAGAAAACACAAAGUUGUUUGAGCUUCCUCUCAACCUUGUAUUCUUGGUUAGACUGUUUGAAGAAAAACAAGACUGCAUCAAGGAAAACAUUACCCAAACCAGCCUGUACACCCACUUCCACGAGUGGUGCACAGAAAAGCUGCGUGUCAGAAUAUCCACCCACCCCUUAUUUGGAGAGAGGAGGCCGCGCACCCUCAAGAUGAGGCUAAAAAAAGUGGUGGGAGAGAUGUACAAAAUGGCACUGCAAAACUUGGUGCAGGACAAAUUGAGCCUUUCAGAGGAAGACGUGGAGCGCUUGGUAGAUUGUUGCGAGACGGAGGACCUGCCAGAUCAGGAAGUCCUGGGAGCCUUCUUUAUUCUGCGAUUGUCCGUCAACAACAGAGUGCGUAAAGAACAAUACUGCUUGCCCCAUAAAGGACUGCAAGAGUACUUUGCCGCUCGACAUAUCAUACAGCGCUUACAGGAUAGGUCCCUCCCACCAUCGAGAACUGUGACGAGUCUGCUUCAUACCUUCACUCAGCAAGUGAUAUAUUUUAAUCUGCAUAGCCUUUUAUUCCACGUGACAGGGCUGUUGGCAAGAGAAGAAGUACCAAAUGAACCCGAGAUCAUAAAGGAAGUGAUAAGGUUGAUGGGGAAGAAUGGCAAUAUAUGGGAGAAAUGGUUGUCACUGGUCGAAGAAACAGAUUAUGAUGAGAGAUUCCUGCAAGAGAUCGCUCAGAAUGUCAAAGAAAAUCCUUGUUUUGGCUUAGUAUAUGUAGCAGACCUUGGUCAGCGCUGCGGCACUCCUUCCCGUGUUCCACCAAAAAGCGGAUUAGUAUUAUUGCUGGAUAAAGAAAAUGUGAAUAUGGAGAUUGUUCGUUCCUUGAGUAAUUACGAGUACAAUAUCAAUGUGUUGAGUCUGAAACAACUUUACCAGCACCCCGGCAGAACACCCGCCUCAGACACCGUGCUGCACGCCAUACGCAGGAGUUGCCUUGAGCUGUUCGUUGGUCACCUGAGUGCUGAUUGUGUGUCGCUGCUUCCUCAAAACAUUGUGAAACUGUGCCUGGCUGUAUCCAGUGAUGAGCAAAUUGGCCGCCUUCCCGCAGCCCUCGCCUCAUCUCUGCCUAACCUUGGUGACUUAACGAUACACGUCCCAGUGUCCAUGGUAACACCAGCGGCAGUUGUGUCACCACUGCCUGACACGACUGUGCGCCUGGCCUUGUCUGGCGUGGACGAAAACCUGGUGAUCGAAGCGUGUCAAUUGGCUGCAGCUCUCCGCCCUAGAAGAAGAGGAUAUAUUAGCAUCGGGUUCCCCAGGGGCAGGAUGGAGGCAACAGCGUGGCAGCAUCUCCUCCAGAUGAUGGUGAGGCGCAGGUCACGGUGGGGAUGAGAGUGAAAAGCGGCGACGUGAUGGGAGGCGUUGUGAUACCAAAGGAAACUAUCACAAAGGAGGAGCAGAUUAAGCUGACCCAACUUACUUUAACUUGGUGGAAGUGUCUGCUGCUAAGAGAAAGCGACGAGAGCUGUUACGAGCCGAGUUAUACAAUUCCCAUUAUGUUUUCUUGACAUUGAAGAUGAUCAGUCUGAUGGAAGAGAUGACGGUAAAGAGGAAGAGGAGGAGGAGGAGGAGGAAGAAGACAAAGAGGAGACUGUGUGAAAGGUGCUGUGUGUGCUGUGAGCUGCGUGAUAGUCGGAGUGUGCGGUGACGGACAGCGGCCUGUUAGCAGAGGUACCAGAUGUAUGGAAAUUUCUUUGUUUUAGAGAAAUUUUCACUAUGACACGGAAGAAAAAUCGCCCCUGAAUAACUGAGCGACCCCUGCGCGUUGGGAGACCUCGCUGUUCAAUGACCAUUCCAUUCGCCGCUCCUGCCUGACCUGACGACGCGUUGUCCCUUCCCGCCACCGCCGCUAUCAUCCCCUCGACGCCUCCCACCACCACCACCAAUAGCACCAGCAGUAGUACUUCAGCAGCUGUCCGCUCACUGGCAGCGCUGACGGCGUGCUGCUGCUGCAACGUGUGAGGCUCAGCUACUGCACCAGGAAGGAGCUGCAUGACGGCUUCCAUGGUGAGAGUGCGCCCACGUACUGCGGGAGAUGUAUAACAGCCACCCACUGCUGCAUUACCUCCUGUCCUGCCCGGCGACUGCCGCCCUCAGAUGAGCGCGGCCACCACCCGAUCGGCACCCGCCCAUGCAGCCUGAAGCCCGCGACCUUCUCACCAACCGCGAGUCCAGGCAACCAGGUUUUCCUUCCUCCUCCGCCACACGCCCACAGACGUGAUGCUGCGGGCGAUAAGGGCGGCACUCCCGCCUCACUAACACAGCUGCCCGCCACAGCUGCGGCAGCUCAGAGGAUGGAGAGCAGCGCAUCAUCUCGCUACGUCACCGGCGGCGGGCUGGUGCCUCAUUGGAGUAUUUGAAUGUACAUGUAGUCUGUCAUUGUGUAUAUAUCUAUGUACGUAUGUAUAUCUUGUAGACUAUUGCUCAAUAAACCUUUAAC